CGCACAUCGCUUUGUAACGACGAACGGCUGAUGGAGACAUUUUAAAAUAAACACACAGCUAACUGCCUGCUAAAGGCUAACAGUGCUCGCAGAGCUACGAGUACACUGCGCCAAAUACGGUGAAAUUCUUCCAGACUGUACAUACGCAAAGUGCAUUUUUUCAGCAAGUUACUUAAACAUCGCGAACCAAGGAGGCAACAAAUUACCUAAGAUGUCGAAAAGUCUGACACUGGCAAAAGAAGAAUAUAACUAACGCCGCGGUGCGUUCCUGUCCAGGCACAUUGGUCCAUGUUUGUUGGACCUUUGGGCUCUGGGCUCAACUAGCAUGAAGAUGGCUGAUUCAGAGAAGGCAGAGGAAUUUGUGGAUGCAGAGUGUCCCCCAGAGUGCCUUGCAGAAGCACAGUCAACCACUGCAUCAGUUCAGGGAGAGCAUGAUGAGCACUUAAAGACAGAGACCACCACCAGUACCAGCUCACCACCAAGGGAAAAGGAGGGAGAUAGCCCCUUGCAUACAGAGGGUGAGCAGAGCCUCCUCUCCAUGCCAUGCUUGAUGAAGGAGCUUCGGCGAGACUCCCCAGAGUCCCAGCAUGCCUCUACAGGAAGUGACAAGCCUGUUACUCGUCGCGCCUAUGAGAGUGACUCCUCUAACCCAUGCAUGCUGUCCCCCUCAUCCAGUGGUCACCUUGCUGACUCGGACACACUCUCUUCAGGGGAAGAGAUGGCUGCUCCUCCUGCAGCAGGAGAAGAGGACAACAUGGAAGCUGCCCCUGAUUCUGGACAGACAACAGGAAAGCAAACAUCUGCCGCAGCUACAGGAGGAAGAAAGUCUCGGCGGUCGCGUUCAGAGAGCGAGAUGCCUCCUAAUGCAAUGGCUGCAAAGAAAAACCGCUGCCAGCCAACUGUUGUGGCAGCAGGAGGGCAGGAAAAACAAACAAAUGGCAAAGUGGGAAAAGUGAAAGGUCACCGGAGCCAGAAACACAAGGAGAGGAUUCGUUUGCUGAGGCAAAAACGUGAGGCAGCAGCCCGGAAGAAGUAUAACCUGCUGCAGGACAGCAGUACGAGUGACAGCGAGCUCACAUGUGACUCCAGCACCAGCUCCUCUGAAGAUGAGGAUGAUGAUACUUCAGGAGGUAGCAAGACAAUCAAGACAGAUAUUCCAGCUGGCUUCAGACGUGCAUCGGAGAGAUCCAGAGUGGGUGCCCAGAUUCAUGGGCUGCUGGACAGCGGUUCGUGGGACAGGAACGGCAUCGGCAGCGUUCUGGAGGAGGCCAUGACACGCUUUGCUGUGAUGCAGCGCCAGACUGAGGAGCGCUUUCGCAUCUGGAUGGAAAAGCUUGCACACCUCGACUCCGACAACGACUCGUCAAAACGGUCAAGUGAUGCCCUAGAAGGGCAGCAUCACUCCCAGGGGGCACGCCCUUCUCCUCCGAGUUCUUUUCUGCCAUCGUCUGAGUCUGCAGAGACUAUGGCUGCCUACAUGUUGGCACGAGAGAACAACAGUCUGACUCCUACCCCAAUAAACAACAACAACAUCCUACCUGAAGUGGUGACUCAGAAUGGAAAUCUAGGUGGUCCAGACCCUGGACUCUUGAAUGUUUAGAUUUCACUUCUCUUCACUCUUCGCAGUUUCACAUUUUGAUCUUAAAACUAGUUGAUGCAGAAUAUAUUGGUAAUGGCUAUUUAUGGGUAAAAGAUUUGAGGUCACUAAACAAAUACACAUCAACUGCAUCUGGGCCCGAGACGGUCAUUUGAAGACUUCUUGAUGCUGACCAGACCUGAGGCCCAGUGCAUCUGCUGGCACUGAAUCACUGUGAGACUUCUGAAUAAUUCAACUCACUUGUCUGAUUUGUGAAGCAUCUGAGUUACAGAUACUGUAUAGCUUACUGUAUGGCUUGGUUGUUUUUGUUUACCAGCUACCCAGACACACACAGAGCUACUGACUAUGUGUCAUAAAUGCACAAUGUGCAUUACAGCACCUGGGCAGAAAUCAUUAGAAUGCUUGGUAGGGUGCUGCUUCAUGAUAGCAUGUGCCUUGUCAUUCUGAGUUCAUGCUGGGAAUGAUGGAUCAGACAGAACAACAUAGUGUUAUUUCUUUAGAAAUCAGGUUAAAACUAAACAUUAAUCUUUAUCCCCCUGAACUGUGUUUGCACUUUGCUUGGUUCAGGACUCAUAAACUCUUGUAACAACCUUUAUUUUGGUGGCAUAGCUUUACUAACGUAAAAAAAAAAAACAUUUAAACAUAGAUUUGCCUAUAAAUAUAAAUGCAAUAUACUAAUCCACAGUUUUUGCUUUUUAAACUCAUAUUACACAAUUAGAUUAGAUGUGUUUACAUUUUAAAGUCUUUGCCUUUCUGUUACAUUUGCUGCUAUUGCUGCCUUUGUGCAGUGUCAAAUGAAACUAGUGAUGGGAGAGCUGACUCCCAGUGUUUAUUUUAGUAGCCUAUGUAUAGAUUAUGGGCAUCGGAUAUGGCAUGUUCAUUUGUUGUGAGUACUGGCAGCAGUGUCAAAAGCCUGAAAUCUUUACUUCUAUAAUACUUGUCUAGUUAAUCUUUUAUUUGCACUGGCCUGCCAGCUUGGCCCGUGUCUCCACCAGGCACUGCGUGUUUCGCAGCUUGUCUUUAGAAAUCCAGGCAUCAAAUUAAUAGAUACACAGCAGUAAUACAGCUGCGGUGUGGCGCAUGGCAAUGUUUACCAAUUCCCAAGUCUCUGAGACUGACUGACCUGGGUGAUCAAGUGGCCUUCUCUGGUUCAGAUCCUGUGGUCUUAAAGGAGGAAUCACUCCUCCUUAGCCCUCUUCUCUCUCUACUGUUACUAAUGUGGAUGACCACAGUGUCACAGUUCAUAACACUGCACACUCUAACCAUCACAGACAAUGAUGAAGGAAAUAUUGGUCUAAUCAUAUUUAUAGAUAGGAUGUUACAUUUUCUGUACGUGUAUAUGUAGCUCUAUGACUGUCAGUUUAACAAAACUGCAAAAAACGCAUCUUUUCCCACCCGUUUGCAUGUGAUAAUAUUAGUAUAUAGAAUGUGCAAGGCCAAAUUAGUUUACAUCAGUGGCAUGUGUGCAAGGUAUAGCUUUGCUUAUGCUGAUAAGUGGUGACUGACAGAACAUUGUUUUUUAAAAAAAACUCUUUUUAGUUGUUUUUUUUUUUUUUUUUUGUCUUGGCCUAUUGAAUUCACUUUGAAAUGUGUGAAAAGUGGUGUGUUUUUUGUUUGUUUCACGGUGCAUCAAUACUUUGCCAUUUGGGCUCAAAGUGGUCCCAUAUUUCUUAAAACUCAAAUUACCUUUAAAUUUUAGCAACACAGUAAAGGGAGCCUUGUGCAUACAUGACAAACGCUGUGCAUUAAAAACACUAAGGACAGUCUAUUGUUUACCAAAGAGGCUCUCCUGGUUUACAUUAGUCCUUUUUCUAUCUUUAAUACAUGGCCUUUACAUUGGCAAGUGCUUGGUUUGACUGGUAACCCUAGUACCUGUGCAAUUCAGCCCAAUCUGCUAUUCAUAGGCAGUGUUCUUCUCUCAUAGUACAUGCUGUCCAGAUGAUUCUCACGCACCCACACACACUAACGUCUGGAUAGCAGUGUGUGUCUCUCACUCUCCCAGGGACUCCUUUUACAGGGUAGAACAAAGCUAUACGUUCCCGCUCUUCCAGAAGUUAUUGUUGUGUUGUCUGCUUUUGAUUAAUCAAUUCAUUCACUAAGGUUAUUUUGAAGUGUUUUGUAAUGACUGUAUUCAAGUGUAGUUUUUAUGUGAAUGGCUGUUAUUUUAAAAGCAAUAAAAGAAGGAAAAAAA